GAUCCCACUCGCUUUCGACAGAAUACCGUCCAAGCUCUCCUCGAUAACCUUCUCGACGUGCUCACGGCUAUCGUCAUCGACCCCGACCACACAGUGGACGACGCUCCGUUCUCCCAUGCACUCAAGCAGCUUGUCGUAGCAAACAUUCCAGUCGACCCAGUGCCAGUCCCUUCACAGCCUCGUCCCACACUCACCCAGGCGUUCUCAGACGCUGUCGCCGCCUAUCAUGAUCUCCCAGCGCUUAUCGACGGAGAUCUCACCCUGACCUACCGCGAAGUCGAUAUCCUUGCUUCAGUUAUCUCCCAGCGGAUCCUAGAGGUUACGAGACAACAGGAGAUACAUGCAUUUGUGUCCUUCUGUAUCCCUCCAGGAGCCAUUGCCGUCCUGACCAUCCUUGCUAUCGUGAAGAGUGGUGCUGCAUAUGUGCCCCUCGAUAUACGCUUUCCUGCAGAACGCCUUGAGUCGCUGGUUGAAGACUCUGACGCAUCUCUUGUCAUCACCACCUCAGCAUCGCCUUGGUUCAAUUUCAACCGCGAGCGUAUUGCACGUCUAGACGUCACCAGCUUCCUUGAUGACCGGAAGUCGCUCGUUACUGCGUUUGCUCGCGAAGGACGCGACGGAUCCGUCUCGCCCGCGUCACCCGUGUCGCCCGUGACGUCUUCAAGCGACGCUGCCUACAUGCUCUACACCAGCGGCAGCACAGGCAAGCCCAAGGGUGUCAUCAUCAAGCAGUCCUCCGUCGUAGCCUUCGCCACCAACACCGACAUCUUCAAGUGGGGGCCGGGACACCGCAUCGCGCAAGUCAACAACCUCGCCUGGGAUGCGAGCGUUAUCGAUGUGUGGGCCUCGCUUUUACUCGGCGCGACACUCGUGUGCAUUGACCGGUUCGACGUGCUCGACCCGCCUGCGCUUGCGCAGCGCUUCCGUGCGGCGCACAUCGACGGCUGUCUGGUGCCCACGCCGCUUUUCCGCCAGUUCGCGGCCACAUGCCCGGACGUCUUCCGCGGGCUCACGCAAGUCCUGACCGGCGGCGAAGCGCUCGAUUACGCAAGCGUCCGCCAAGCGCGCGCGGCCGCCCCCGGCGUCGCGUUUAAAAACGCGUACGGCCCGACCGAGGCGUGUGUCGUGACGACGACCUUUGACCUCCCCGACAACGACGAUGUGCCGCACGCCGGGCCCGUGCCUAUUGGUCGCCCCCUCAAAACAAGCCAGGUGCUCGUCGUCGACCGCCGUGGGCGGCUCGUGCCACCGGGCGUCAUCGGCGAGCUGAUCAUCAGCGGCGAGGGCAUCGCCGAAGGAUAUCUCAACCGUCCCACGGAGACCGCGAGUGCGUUUGUUGAUUUAUGCAUCGACGGUUUGCAUGGAAAUACAAGGUUCUACUGCACGGGUGAUGCGGUGCGUUGGUGCGAUGGGCAAUUACAGUUUGUGGGUCGAAUCAAUGCAGGGCAGGUCAAGAUUCGCGGACAGAGGCUGGAACUGAGCGAAAUCGAGGCGACCAUCCUAUGCACCAGGCUCGUCGUCGGCGCCGGCGUCAGCUAUCACAAGCCAACCAAUGGCGACGAUCCUAGCCUUGUCGCAUAUGUUGUUCUGGUGUUCAGGACGCACGUGGAGAUCGGUCUUCUCGAACGGCUGCGGGAAAUGCUGCCGUCCUACAUGGUCCCCGACCGCAUCUUCUCUGUGCGCGCUCUGCCGCUUCAGACGAGCGGGAAGUUGGAUCGGCGACAAUUGGCGGCGAUGGCAGAGAAGGACGCGAGUCGUGAUAUUCGCGAGGCCACUGAGGACGACCAGCAUGUUUUACCUGCGGACGACAUGGAAGCUCGACUAUGCGAGAUAUUCGGCAAUAUUCUGUCUCUUCAAGUGGUAUCACCUCUCGCGGACUUCUUCUAUAUUGGAGGACACUCGUUACUUGCGACACGACUGAAGUCCGCGCUCGAAUCGGAAUUCCAUGUGGCUAUCCCUCUAAAGACGAUAUUCUCUCACCCUAGCCCUAGAAAGCUUGGGGCCAGUAUCGUAGAACUCCUCGCCUCCGCUCCAUCUCACGAGGUCUCCAUGAAAAUUGCAGCGCCAUUGGAGGGGAAGCAUUACCCCUUAUCUUUCGCCCAGCAACGACUCUGGUUCCUCCGGCGGCUGGCAUAUUAUGGUUCGCAGAACGUUCGUUACAACACUCCCUAUGUCCUGAAGCUUCAAGGGCGUCUGAACGUCGACGCUCUCGAGCGCACGCUCCAGGAGAUCGUCUCUCGUCACGAGAUUCUCCGCACCGUCUUCGUCGAGGUUGAUUACGCGCCGGUCACCCAGGUCGUCGAUUUUUGUCCCCGUCUUGAAAUAGUAUUGUUGGCCUCCGAUGUUGACAAGCAAUCUAUCCACACACUCAUCGGAGAGUAUGCCAGGCGCCCGUUCUCGCUCGACCUCGAACCAUGUUUCCGCGCAACUCUGUUCCAGCUCUCGCAAGAGCACUCCUAUCUACUCCUAUGCAUGCAUCACAUUCUGGUCGACGGGUUCUCCUUCGACGUCAUUCGUCAGGAGCUCGCUGAGAUCUAUAUUGCGUUUGACGCCGGUAAAGACUACGAUCUGUCGCCGCUGGGCAUCCAGUACAAGGAGUUCGCGCAGUGGCAACAAUCGGAAGACUUCGAGCGUCUCCUGGAGCCUCAGAUCGAGUACUGGACGAAGCAGCUCAAAGGCAGUCAGGCGGCGGAAGUACCAACGGACUUCCCACGACCUCAGCACCUCAGCUAUGAGGGGAAGACUUUCGUCGAUCGUUUCCCCGCGGAGCUGUUGACUCGACUGGAACAGGUCUGCAAACAGGAACACGUAACGAUGUUCAUGCUCAUGUCGACAGCCUUCCGCAUCGUCCAGUUCCAGCUCACCGGCCAGACGGACGCCUCCUUCGCCUUCCCGAUAGCCAAUCGCAAUCGACCUGAGACCGAGAAGCUCAUCGGAUUCUUCGUCAACACGCAGGUCCUCCGGCUGGAGGUACAUCCCGGACAGACGUUUGUGGAGCUGCUCCAGCAAGUGCGAGAGCUAUCGAUGGCGGCAUUCGAGCAUCAGGAUCUGCCUUUCGAGCGGGUCGUCUCGAUCCUCAACCCGACUCGUGACCUCAGUCGCAACCCGCUGGCGCAGAUCGUCCUCGCAUAUCAGACUGUCAAGUAUACACCGUUCUCCAUAGGGAACAUCCAUGUUUCCGCUUCGCAAGCUGAUAUGGACGUGACGAGGUUCGAUUUGGAAAUACAUUUCUUCCCGAAGGAUGAUGGACAGCUGGCUGCCGACUUCGUGUACAGCACCGACUUGUACAAGGAAGAGACGAUUAUCGACCUGUCGAACCGGAUCCAUGCACUUCUGGACCAAGUCGUCGAC